GGCGGGCCGGGCCCACCUCCUGCACCGCGGCUGCGGGCCGGCUGAGAAGAGCGGCUGUGCUUCGGGUCGCGACGGCUGACAGUAAGGGGGGAGGCCGAGGCGAGACCGGGCUUCCCCUGAGGUACGUCCCCGAGACGGGGCGGCGACCCUAGCGCUCCUCACACGCGCAGCGCGCUGACGGGCUGGUCCCUGUCCAGCCCCAGCCGCGCUGAAUCGCAGAGCGCAAACCCGAGGUCCCACCCUCCGCCGGCCCGGCCGCGGGGUGGAAGCGAUCCCAAAGGCUCCCCUGACAUAACGGACACAAGGCCGGGAGCCCGGCUGUGGGCCACCACCCUCCUCCGCUGUCCCUCGCUCCGCAGCGAGACCCUGCAGCCUUGAGCUGUGAUUGGCAGCAACCGCCGGCUCACGAAGUAAGCGCAAGGAGUACAAUUGCCAUCUGCCCAACCUUGGAAGCUCAUAGCAGAAGGGUCGCUCUGAAGGCCGACGAGGGAGAAGCGCUAAGACAUGAUGUCAAGUGGAGACAGCCAGCAAUCACAGGCUCUCACCAAGCCUACUUUUACUGAGGUACAAGCCUCUGCGCUGGUCGAGUCAGUAUUUGGAUUCAAAGUUUCUAAGAUCCAGCCACUCCCCAGCUAUGAUGACCAAAACUUUCAUGUUCACAUUUCAAGAACCGAAGACAUCACAGAUGACACAGUUGAAUAUGUCCUCAAAAUAAGCAACACAGAGUCUAGCAAAACUCCAGACCUGAUUGAAGUGCAGAACCAUGUCAUCAUGUUUCUGAGAGCAGCUGGAUUUCCAACAGCCUCUGUGUGCCGAACUAAAGGGGACAACACUAUCUCCCUAAUGUCCAUUGACAGUGGAUCUGAAAUCAAAAGCUACUUGGUGAGAAUGCUCAGUUACCUCCCAGGAAGACCAAUUGCUGAUAUUGCCAUCAGCCACCAGCAAUUAUAUGAAAUAGGAAGGCUGGCCGCCCAAUUGGAUAAAACACUGGAGGAAUUCCAUCACCCAAAGUUAAAUCUUCUUCAUCGAGAGAACUUCAUCUGGAAUCUGAAAAAUGUUCCUCUUCUAGAGAACUACAUAGGUGCCCUGAGCCAGAGCCGAAACCGGGAGAUUGUUGAACAGGUCAUUCAGCUGUUCAAGGAAGAAGUAAUGACCAAAUUAAGUCAUUUUCGAGAAUGUAUUAAUCAUGGUGAUCUUAAUGACCAUAACAUUUUAAUAGACCUCAGCAAGUCAGCCUCUGGAGAUGCUGUGUACCAAGUCUCGGGGAUCUUAGACUUUGGUGACAUGAGCUAUGGCUACUACGUGUUUGAAGUGGCUAUCACCAUCAUGUACAUGAUGAUUGAAAGCACAGAUCCUAUACAAGUGGGAGGGCACAUCCUUGCAGGGUUUGAAAGUGUGAUCCCUCUGACCCCUGUAGAGAGGAGUGUUUUGUUUUUACUGGUAUGUAGUCGUUUUAGUCAGUCCCUCGUCAUGGCCACAUACACUUGCCAGCUGUACCCAGAGAACAAAGAAUACCUCAUGAUUACAGCGAAAACUGGAUGGAAGCAUUUACAGCAGAUGUUUGACAUGGGCCAGAAAGCCAUAGAAGAAAUCUGGUUUGAAACUGCCAAGUCCUAUGAAUCUGGAAUCUCCAUGUGACCAGAGAAAAGUUUGUAUUUCCUUUGGCAAUUAAAACUCAGCUGGGCUCAGAUCAAAUUUAUGAAGGAUUUUCAUGCAGCGUUAAAACUAAAAUGAUAAAACAGGUCCACUCUAAAUAUGAAGAGGCAAAGAAAGGUCUGGUUUUUACAGCAAUCUUAGGACCAUCUUUUACACUUAAGAAAGUUCUACCUGAAGCAUUUGCCUAGCAUGGAAGGCCCUGGGCUCAUCCUCAACACCACAGAAAAGAAAGACAUAGGCACAAGUGAGCAUGUCUUUGUGCAGGUCUUGCUUGCCUUUUAUAAAAAACAUGAUAGCCAGGCCAUGGUUGGAAGGCAGGCAGAUCUCUGAGUUCAAGGCUAGCCUGGGCUACAGAGUGAGUUCCAGGACAGCCAGGACUACACAGAGAAACUCUGUCUCAGAAAGAAAAUAAAACAAAACAAAACAGGAACAUACGUGAUGAUGUUUGAUUUGUAAUCAGUCUCCGAAGGCCUAUUCCAGUCCUUAAAUCAAUUACUUUAAAACUGAAAAGAAUACAGAUGUAUAGCUAUAUUCACAUAUUUGAAAUAAUUCACAUAUUUUAAAUACCUAGCCUACACACACAUAACUCUUAGGAACUCAUUGAUCUCACCUCUCUAGAAUCCCACUGGGAUUAAGGGCAUAUGCCACAUGCCAGCCUGUAAUUGCUCUUUAUAGAAAUCUGUAAAAUUAGUGAAAUGAAGCUCAUUGCAUAUUUGGCUUAAAUUUUACCUCAGUAUUUCCUUUACUAAUUUAUUUUCAUGUCUCUUUAGUAUAAGUGUUUUGUUUUUCCUGUUUUAAGACCAGAUUUCACUGUGCUGUCCAUACUGGACUCAAGCUGUCAAACUCCUGAGCUUAAGUAAUAAUCCUGCCCCAUGCAACCAAGCAGCCAGGACUGUAAGCAUGCGUACCACACUCAGCACAUUCGUCUACAGACCACUCAGGUCCAGAACUCUAGUCAUUCCAACACCCCGACAAUAGGUAUCUCUCUGUGUGAGUGUGCCCUGAUACUGUAACAGCCUAUCUGUCUGCCUCCCUGCCUUAUCUCCCUGUCUGCUGUCUAAACUUCCCAAACUAGGCAUUUUAACUCCUGUCUUGGUUUCCUUUUUUGGAAGAUCAAGAUAAUGGUUGUACCUAUCCCAGAUAGUUAAUUGUGAGGGUUUUGUAAGAGACUAUGGCAGCCUCUUAGCAUGGACUAUGCCACAUAGUAAAGGCAUAGUAGUUACUAAAUAAUGGAUCACAUUCCAGGUUACCCAAGCUUGAAAAUAUUGGUGAGACAUGACAUGUUGCUUGGCUUUCUCAGACUCAGUCAGUGAGCUCUGCUGCUUUCACAAGUCAAGAUAUUAGGUUAAUAAACCUGGAGGAGGUCUGUCUUUGUGGCUUCCUUAACUUUUCAGUAGUACAUGCUAUAACCCAGUGCUCAUCUUACAUGCACUACCUUAUUUAAUCUAGAAAAGAAUCAUAGAUAUUCUGAUGAUUAAUCUCCAUUUUUUAGAUAAAGAAAUAGAGCCUUUUAAAGCUGGAUUAAUUGACUCAAAAGAAAGCCCAGGCUUAGAUCUUAAAUUAGGUCUUUGGGCUGUAACAUCUGUUCCUAAGCAGUACAGAAUCUCAUACUUCUUCUGCCUCUUCUUUCCUCUUCCAAGACACACAUGCACACAGAGAUUGAGAGACAGAACAAAUGAGAUCAUUCACAUGUGAAACACUUAGGAUGCUCACACUUAAGGUUUUUCUUUAACUUGGCUAAUCAGGAAACUGGGGACCAGAAAAAUGGGCUGAAACUUUGGUUUCACUCACUCCAGAUCAGUGUUCAUCCUGUUAUAUAAUGGAACCCUGCAGGUUUUUCUCGAUUGUUUUUGCUAAUAGGGAUUCUCUCCACUAAAUUCCUAAUGCAAAUAUGCUGAUUUCUUUAUGACAUUAAAUAUAUACUGAAUUAUAUUGAUAUUUUA